AUGCGGGCUCAAGUCCUCGAAGCAUUCAACCAACCAUACACAUUUACCUCUUCACACCCCACGCCGAGAACCCCUCAAGGCCAUGACGUGCUGAUCCGCGUCAAAGCCGCUUCAUACUGCCACACCGAUGCCGUCUUCGCGUCGGGCCAGAUGCAGCAGGGCCUCCCACGGAUCGGAUCGCACGAGUUCUCUGGGACCGUUGAAGCGCUGGGUCCCGAGGCCGAGAAGGUUGCACAGACCAAGGGGAUUAAGAAGGGCGAUCUCGUGGGCGUCCCGGGCAGGGCGUAUGGGCCGUGUGGGGAUUGCGCCGAGUGUACGGACAAUGGAGGCGAUUUGGAGGGGUAUGGUGUAUGGUGUCCCCGGGCGGGCAAUCUGGGAUUGACCAAGGACGGUGGGUUUCAGGAAUUCUGUCUUGCGGAUGUGCGCCAGGUCGCUAGGGUGCCUGAACAGGGUGAAUUGAGGGCCGUCGAGGUUGCGCCGCUCAUGUGUGCAGGGGUCACGAUAUGGAAUGCGCUCGAAACGGCGGCCCAAGAUAUCAAGUCUCCUUCUGGGGAUGCUGGAGUGGACGGGAAGUAUGUCGCCAUUAUCGGCGCGGGUGGUGGGCUGGGCCACUUGGGCGUGCAAUUUGCGGCAAAGCUAGGAUGGAAAGUUGUCGCGGUGGAUACAACGCCAGCAAUGGAGAUGUUGAACGAGGUGAUUUCGGAUCUGGGUGAGGACGGGAAACAGGUCACGGUGGUGAACGCGUUGAGUGAUUCUGUGGAUGCUGUCAAGCGAAAGAUUUUUGGUGAGGCUGCUUCUGGUCGUGAAGGUGAGGUGGGUGUCGACGCUGUUCUCAUCCUCCCAGAGUCGCAAGCAGCAUUCGACUUCGGCAUGGGCGUACUCAAGAACCACGGGACGUGUGUCGCCGUAAGUUUUCCGAAAGAUGGGUGGCGCUUUAAGCCUGGUGACCUGGUCUUUCGACACAUCCGCCUCGUAGGCGUCCUGACCGGGAGGAAUCACCAAUUGCAGGCAAUGGUCGAUUUUGCAGCCAAGAACAAUGUCCGUGCCAAAAUCAGGACAUAUCCGCUGGAGCAAUUGAAUAGAUUGGUGGAGGAUUACCACAAGGGAGUUGGUGGCAAGCUUGUGGUCGAUAUGGAUUUGGAGGAAUAA